AUGGCAACAGAAGGGAAAGUUAGUAAAGUCUUGAAGUAUGUGCUCUUUGCCUUCAACCUGUUGUACUGGGUAAGUCGAGGAAAUGGUGCCGAAUGUUUACAAUGUAUAAGCUUAUUUUGGAGGUAGAUGAAUAACGUAAUUUAGCUGGAAUUCAAUUGAAAUUUUCCCAUUUUCCUCACAUGCGCAAUUGUCAACAGUUUUCUCCCUCAAGGUUCCUUGAAGCUAUCGAGAAGAAAUGAAAAUGUUUCAGUUGCGUUUAUCUCUUGAAGAAACCAUUUCAAUGUCUGUAAUCGGAUUUGCGGGGUCGAAACAAUUAUUUACUAGGCACUUCAAAUUCAAACCUCACUCGCGCUUCAAUUAAUUCCUUCUUAUCACAUUUUUCCUUUGCUAUCAUCAGGUGUUUUGUGUUUUAUGUUCACACCAGGCGAAUGAUAAACUUGUGAGCUUGCAUGUUCAUUGUUAUUUUAGAUGAUAAUACCUUGUUACAUGUUUUGUGGUUUUGGGAAGCAGAUUUGAUUCCCAUGUUAAUAUUCUACUUGUGCGAGCUUAUUAUUAUUUUUCUUCGGUCUGUUUUAGUUUAAAUAAGCUCUUAACAAACUCGUGCUACCCGAGAUAAGCUGACCUCUUACUUUACAUUUUGUAGAAUUUUUCAGUUCUUAAUCUACUUCUACGGUUUGAUUUUAGCAUGUUUAGACCUAUGGCAUAUUAUGUUCAAUAUUGAGGACAAUACAUUCUAUAUGUCAAGUUCUAAAAAUGCCUUUCACAUUACCUGUUCACCUAACUUCUGGGUUAUUUUGGAUCAUUUUGGGCCAUUGAAACUGUAAUAUGGCAGUCUCUUCUUGACAUUAAUUUUCUUGGAGGAAAGAAAAUUUAAAAUGCUUUUUAUCAAUACUUUCCUCUUGUAUAAAUUAUUGUACUGUAGUGCCAUCUCUGUUGAUUGAUAAUGGUAUUACAGUGAGAUACAGUUUAUGAAGACUGUGGUAGAACUCAAUUUAUAAAAUAACUAUGAUAGUACAUGCUUUUUCUAUUGCGUAAACACAAACCUCAUUUCAAAUAUAUUUUGGUCUCUUGGCAAUUUUUUAUUAUGGGUUUCCAUUGACCCUUUAAAUCCCAAAGGUAACCAACAUUAAUUUUCUUCUAAGAAUAUCAAUACAUAACAAACACUCAAAAAAAGCUCCAUCAAGUAGUGCAGGACAAAACGAUUUCCUUGCUGGGCAAGUAACUUUUAAAGCCACUUGACCAGUGGGCAAGGAUCUAGGCAAGUCAUCCUCUAAUAAAAUCAUUAACUAAGAUGAUCAAGAAGUGGCCUUGGGCAAGCAAAAUGUGAGAGCUGCUUGCCCAAAGGACAAGCUGGAAUUCAAGAUUUUUUUUUUUCAAGCCCUGGUAAAAAAUAAGGGUAGCACAGCGUGCAAAGAAAGUAGUGUCUGAUAGCCCGGGGCUAGUGGAUUUUGUUUUGGGGCUAGUGAAUUCUGUUCUUAACUUGCCCAACAGGCAAGUGAUGUUUUUUGAGGAACUCGAAUAAAAGAAGAACUGUGAAAUCAAUUCUGCUCUUCAAAAAGCUUUUGGGGCUAGUUGAAAUGACGUCUGGGCUAGUAAAUGUUAGCUUCAGCUUGCCCAAAUGGCAAGCUGUAAGAAUGAUUUUCUUUGCACCCUGUAGCAUGAGAAUUAAUGAAGUGAUCACGUAAGGAAAAAUGUUUCAUCUUUUAACAAAUUCUCUCAACUAUUUUUUUAAGGAAAUGUAUGGAGAUAAGUCUGGAGAAAUUGUAUGUGGAUUUUGAGGCUAAGAGGUUAAAGAGUACAUGAUGCACAUGUUAUUCACUAAGUUAAAAGUAAAUUUUUUUGUCUUUCCUUCUGUGAACCUUAGGGCAUUGGUGGUGUCAUGAUGGGAGUUGGUCUGUGGGCAGUCACUCAAAAGAGUGAAUACAGCGAGUUCUCCAGCAUCUCAACAGACCCUGCAGCAGUGAUGAUUGCUGUUGGGGCUUUUAUCUUCAUUGUUUCAUUUUUUGGAACAGUGGGUGCUCUCAGGGAGAAUAUCUGUUUUCUUAAAACUGUAAGUAUAGGGAAACUUUUCUUAAAACAAACAAACAGGUACAAGAUUGUGUUUCAAAGUAAGUUUGUUGCCACUGGUCCCCUGGUCCGGGGAGACAUCUGCACCUCAGUGACAGAAUUGUCCAUGCUGAUGACGUAAAUCAAUGUUUACAUAAUAAAUACAGUAGUCUUGGGAUUCCAAAUGUACAUGUAAAUUUGUUCAAUUUUAGGUUUCUUAUAGUCAGUUUUGGUAAAGUUUUGUGUUCUUCUGCGAAGGAGCUCCAGCAAAACUCAUGCUUCUUCUAAAGAAGAACAACAUUCACCAUGAAUAGUGAUUGUUUUGUAUUUAGAUUCACCUUGCUUACAUUUCAUCGUUGUGGCCUUUUGUCUCUCAUUUAUAAACAAUUUGCUAAACAAGAUAACCACUACCUCAAUUAAUCAUAGCUCCUGACCAGAUUCCAGACAGAUUUAACAUCAUCAGUAUGAAAUUUCUAUCAUUGAGGCACAGACGUCUCUCCUAUGAAACAUCCCUAGAAGCAAAAAGCAAGGAGAGAUAGCUGUUUUUGCAGGCUAUGUUGAGCCCUGUGUUCACAUUGGCGUCAGCUUAGGAUCCCUCCCAAAGUUGUGUGGAACAAGUCUUUCAAUUUAGAUACAAAUGACUAGAGAUCAAUCAGUAAGUCUAUGAGGCAAGUAUAUGAAAAAUCUACCACCACCACGUUAACAACAAUUUUUAUUGUUUUCUCGGGCCCUGUUCUUUUCUUAAAACCUUCAGUUCAGGUAUUAUACUACCCAUCCUUGAUUGUUCAAUACUGAGUUACUUUUGAUCUGGAGACUGAGAUUGACUUUCACAAGUAUAAAACUUUUCCGCAAUGUGAACUAUCAGUGUGCAAAGAAAGUCGUGUCCAAUAGCCCAGGGCUAGUGGAUUUUGCUAUCGGGCUAGUGAUUUUUGUUCUUAACUUGCCCAACGGGCAAGUGCUGCUUUUUGGGGAAAUUCAAAUUACAGAAGGAUUGUAAUCAAUCCUGCUGAUCAAAAAGGGUUUUGGGGCUAGUUGAAAUGACUUGUGGGUGAGUACAUGCCAACUACAGCUUGCCCGAUUGGCAGGCUGUAAAAUUGACUUUCUUUGCACCCUGACAAUGUUAUUAACUCUGACAUAUUUUACUUUCCAGUAUAUGAUUGUGAUGAUCAUUAUAGUCAUUUUGGAAGUCAUUGCAGGACUACUUGCUUUUGCCUUUUGGCCCGAGGUAUUAAAAAGCAAUAUAAAAAUAUUUAAAUAUUAUUAAAUAAGUUUACUACAAAAUGAUCCACAGGUUUAAAAAGAUUACAUGUAGUUGUGCAAUGUUGAUUACCUCUUGUAAUUAAAGAAGUGUAUCUGUGAUUGUCAGUGUACAUGCAAGCAGAUUCAAGGCUUAUUUACAGCUGAUGAUCACAUUCUGUUUUCAUUACAUAAAUAUAUGGAUAUUCUCGCAUGCUAGGAAGUCAAUAUAAUUAUAUUUGCAUAGUAUUCUAUGAACACUUUGUGCACUUUUGUAGAAACUUCACUGGCUUAAAUAUACUGUUUGUCAGAAAACAUGAUUUCAGGGGGAGGAUAAAAGUAACUCCGAUUUACAUCAAACUACACUGUUAUCCAUUUUCUAAUGAUUAUUGGACUGAUUAUAUUUUUCUAUGCAUAACUUGUAUCCUUUCCUUAUCAGGUUCAAAAGUCUGUUGACAAUCAGUUUAAAAAGGCCAUUGAACAGUACAGGGACAACAUUGAUCUGCAAAAUGCAAUUGACUCUGUUCAAGAGAGUGUAAGUUAUGAGGCAAAGGUUUCUUAUUAAUAUUUACAUUGUAGGACAUCUCGGCCUUCGGCUCGGCUGAAUACCACUUUAUAUCUCAACCUUGAUUAUUCCAGAUAAUUAUCCCAAAAACUUCAUACAAUGAUGGCUUCCAAUUUGUUUUAGCCAAGCCUACAGUAGAGCUUUCAAUUAACUGCAAAAUGGCAUGAAAAAUACUAUAUCACAUAAACACAAAAAAUAAUUGCCUUUAGCCCACGUGUAUAAUCCAAUGGAAAAUUGUCAACCAGUUUUUAAAAAGUAAUAAAAUUAUGUUGGGCAGUGCAUGCGUUACAGUUACAUGUAAUAUGUAGCCCAGGUCAGCCGAUGCCCAAUUCAAUCAGUUGACCUUAUUACAGUCAUAAUGGAUGGCAUAAUUUUUACAACGUUAGAACACCAGUAUCGUCCGCACAGGUUCACCAUAUAAUACUGAUAGAGAUAAUAAUAAUAAUUCAUUUAAGGCACAGCUAUUUUUCAUCUGAAGUUUGUUACUCCCAGUGUAAGGUUCUGAACUGAAUUGACAAGUUAUAUACAGGAAUAGAAUAUGGGGCUCUCAGUAAGAUUUCAAGUUGCCAUGUGUGUUGCAAUAAGUAGUCAGAGAACUGAAAACCAAAAAGUUCUUUUCACAGGGCUUCUGAUAUUCUGCGAUGUUGCGAUUUCGCAUAAUUGACCUCAAAUCGCAACUUUUCGCAUAAUUAUUCAAAAAUCGCAUAAUUCAGGCAAAAUUGCAAAAUUCGAGGAAAGAACAAGGAAAUAUUCGCUUCUUACUUAAGUUCUACGACAAUUUAAGCGUUGUUUUAAGGUGAUUUACCUCUCAAAAGACAUUAGAAAUCACCAAAAUCGUUCGUGAGCGUUCGAUCAAUCAAACAGGCGUUCUAUGUGUAGUUUUGCACUUCGGAGACCUGGUACUAGUUCUAUAAGAAGCAAUUGUCAUUGACCGAUUUUAAUCAAAUAAAUUACAAUGUGAAGCCCACUGAGGCUAAAUCUUUUUAAGUUAUUUCGAAAUUGGUUUAUCUUUAACCAGCCAUUGAUCAUUUGCCCAAGAAUAGCAUUAGAUACACAAAAGGCAUCCACUGUUCGGUUUCACUUCUUUGUUAUAGUUAUGGUAACGUGUAUUGUGGGGAUGUCAUUGAUUGAUUUAUAGCUUCUCAUUUGAAUC